CAAGAAAUGCGUGGCGAAAAACAAACUUGACCUCCUAAUAAAUUAUACGGAUUUCAGGGAAAUUUAUUUUCUCGAUACCAGGCGAAAAAUUGACUGCUAGAGGGGACUUUCUACUUUUAGUUACUGUUUCAUGCGACGAAUUUGUGGAUGCCGUGAUCUCAUGUCAUAGAAUAGACUGCGGAUGGACUUAUCGAGUUAUCGCUGUCUUAUUUUGUAAAAGAAAAUGUUACGUCCAAUAGUAUAUUAUACAAUCACUAGCCCUCCAAGUCGCAGUACAUUGUUAACAGCAGCUGCAAUUGGGCUAGAUUUGGAUAUUCGUAAUAUAGAUUUUAUGAAGGGAGAACAUCUCACACCUGAAUUUUUAAAGAUGAAUCCUCAACAUACUGUGCCAACCUUAAAUGAUAAUGGAUUUACUAUUUGGGACAGUCACGUUAUCAAUACAUAUUUGGUGGGCAAGUACGCGAAGGAUGAUAGCCUUUAUCCGAAGGACCUUAAUUUGAGAGCUAAAGUUGAUCAGUGCCUUUACUUUGAGAAUGGUUCUCUUUUCUAUGGCUUGUCCAGCAUCUUUAUUAAACCCAUCCUUUACAAAGGUAAUAAGGAAAUUGCGAAAGACGAAUUAUACUUAUUAGACACUGCAUACAAAGUGUUGGAUAAGAUGCUGGAAGGCAAGAAAUGGUUGGUUGGUGAUUCUUACACAUUGGCCGAUAUUAGUAAUGUGUGUACACUCAUCACUCUCGACAUCAUUAAACCAGCGGAUAAAUAUAAAAAUAUUACAAGAUGGGUCAAAAGAUGUGAAGAAACUUUACCUGGUUAUGCCCAGUGGAAUAAACCGGGACUCGAAAAAAUUCAUAAAACGAUGACCAGUCUUAUAUCAAAUUUAUGAGUUGUUAAGAAAAGUGCUCAUAUUGCAUCAAUUAUAUCAAAUAUUAUGUUAAAUUUUGAAAG